AUGCUGAUAAAGGGAAAUAAAAGGUUUCCGAUGGAAAGAAAACAAGUGGGGGAGGAACUCCCGCUUCUUUCAAGUGCUAUGGGUGUGGUGAACAAGGUCACCAUUCUAAAGAAUGUGAGAAUAAGGAGUGGUAGUAUGGUAAUAGAUACUCAUGCUAAUGGUUCUGUUAAUACUACUUAUGUUUGUUUGAGUUAUCCUUUAACUAUAUUUGGCAAGAGUUUUAUGAUGGAUUCAGUGUGUCUACCCUUACACCAAAAUGAUGUCAUUCUUGGAAUGAACUGGUUGAAGUUUAACUAUGUUCAUAUCAAUUGUUAUAAAACUUUGAGGUUCCCUAAGUGUGGAUAUAGUGGAGAAUUGGUGGUAUUGUCUGCUAAGCAAGUGAAUGAACUUCUGGAUGAUAAAGCCUUGAUGUUUGCAAUGUUCCUGUCGUUGCAAGUUGAUCGUGAAGCUGCGAGUGUGGAUCUACCUGUUGUCUGUGAGUUUCUAGAGGUGUUUAUAGACGAUAUAAGUGAUCUACCUCUAGAGCGUGAAGUAAUGUUUGCCAUCGAAUUAGUACCAAGUACAAGUUCGGUCUCAACGACUCCUUGUAGAAUGUCAGCUUCAGAGCUGAAUGAGUUGAAGAAACAAUUAGGAGAAUUGCUUGAGAAGAAGUUUGUUCGAUCGAGUGUAUCUCCAUGGGGUGCACCUGUAUUGUUGGUUAAGAAGAAAGAUGGAAGUAUGACAUUGUGUGUGCACUACACGUAG